AUGGGGAAUGGAUGCUUUUCCGCGACAAGGUGCAGUGCUGUUGAUGGAGGUUGCCAAAGUUUAGUGGAGGAUUUGUCACCGGGUUUGCUGUUUGUGAAGGGAAGUAGUGCUGACGGGGAGUAUUUUACUUCUUCUCUUGGUUGCGUGUCUGCGUUGAACGCGGCGUUUCUUCUUCAGUUGGAUGCAGGGCUGUGUGGAGAGACGAGUGUAACGGCAGCGGAGCUGGAGACCGUGAACGGGGUUGUGCUUAACGGUGGUGGUGCGUCCCGGACAGCAGGGGCCUUCUACUCCGCGUAUUUGUCAGAUGCUGCGUCGCAAGGAGUGCAGCGUUGUGCUGAGAGCUCGUGGUGGCGGGGAGGACCAAGUGCCUGA